AAGGGACUGGGAUGGGAGAGAAGGAACCACUCAGCUGGGCAGAGAGACUUUCCCAUCCAUUGGCACAAGAUGGACAGAGAAAAAUGCCAGCGCCAUGUUGAUAAUGAGUAUGAAACGCAUGAAAAUAUGGAAACCAUUCAGUCUGCCAUGAAGAACAUGGAAGUUAAUGAAGAAGAUAAAGAAGAGUAUAAUGAUCUGAAGGCAAGUGAAACACUGAGGACACAGAAGAGAUUUCUGGUGGUUCUGGUGAUCCUGCUGAUAACUGCAUUUAUUUUCCUGAUAAUCCUGACCAGCCUGGUGUUCAUACAUUAUUCUAUUGUUACAAGUCAACUGCAGCAGGCAGAUGAGGAGAAAGCCAUCCUUGUAUCACAAAUCAUGACCAUUAACCAGACUUUGGAACUAACCUGCCGACGCUGCCCCUCUGGCUGGAGAAUGGUGAAUUCCUUUUGUUACUAUUUUGAUAACAAUCAGCAGACCUGGGAGGAGGCUAAUAGUAACUGUGUCAACACAACCUCUGUGCUUCUUAUUCUAGACGAUGAUAAAGAAAUGAAAGCUCUGGUGCCAUUAAUUGGUUCUGAGCACUACUGGAUAGGCAUGUAUCGUGUAGCUCCUGGGCAGAAUAAGUGGAAAUGGAUCAAUGGCAGAGAUCUUCACUUCACUUCCUGGCUCCAAAAUGAACCCAAUAAUCUAGGGAACGAGAACUGUGUGGAGAUAUACAAUGGGGGCUGGAAUGAUCGUAUUUGUACUGCAAAGUACUCAUAUAUCUGCAAAAUUCCCCAGCAGUAUUGUUAGAGGCUCCCAACCAUGGCGCCGUACCCUUAAAUAAUCAAACCCGAUGUAUAUCUGUACGUGUUUUUUCUUAUUUACUUUGUAAUGUGCUGCUAUACUUUUUGUAAUUGAUGCUGAAAAACAAACAUUAUGACAAAACAGUAUUUAACAAUACAAUUACAUUGGCAACAAGUCAGUUGAUUUCUGCAUGUUUUUAACAGUAAACCUUAGCAGAUGUGUUUUAUUUGUGCUAUGAGCUAUCUAUUCGUUCCCCUGAAUCUUCCGUAGCAAAACUAAUGCUUCCUUGUGCAUUUUCAGGCCAAGAAACCUUUAGUUUUAGUAAUUUUGUCUGCCAGAUAAAAUAUUGUGUCCAAAAAUCUGCCCCAUGUGCCAUUAGCUUCAGACUCUCUGAGUCAGUGAGAGUAAAGCCCAUCAAUACACUUGUAAAUAAUAGUACAUUAUUACAUCCAAGAGAAAUAUCCCCACAUCCUAAAUACAUUUCACAGUUAGAAGCAGAGAGUACUGACACCCCAAAUACAGUGGGUGGAAGCCCAAAUACAUUAUAUACAGUAAGAGGCAAUGGGUCCUAUAACUCUCCCAAAAAGCAGGUUACCUGAAGGCUGGAGUAGGUUUCAGCAUCCUACAGGUCAAUAUUAGCUCAGAAAUUGUCUGCAUUGCUCAAAAUGCAUUCAUCUAGUGGCAGAUGUGAGAAUAGCACCCAAAAGGGUAAAAUAACAGCCAAUAAAAAGGUAUUACUGGUAUUAUUUUUGGAGGAGGGUGGAUGAAUGAUGCCACCAGUCUGGGUAGGGUUGGGCUGGAAUAAGGUGCAAACCCUGGGUUAAAAUCAAAUCUCUGUAGAAGAGAAAGCAUGUAAACAAGGAUCAGGUGGAGCAGGCUAGAUCCAAAGGGAUGUAAUUACUUAAGUAUACAUUUUCUCCUCAUCUAAUGCCAUCAGGUUUGUGUCAAAACAUCCAUUGUAUUUUCAUGGCAAUAAUGUAUAUUCACUUAAAAUUGUAAUCACACCAUUGUGAGCAUAAUGUGAGAUAAUAAAUCAAUUGUUGUACAACCAUUGGCACCCAAUAAAUGUGUGUUUGAGUGAAGCUGU